ACCCUCAAAAGAGGCAGCAGAUUCUUGGUGGACAGCUCUCAUAUCCCCUCCUGGGAACAUGAUGAAAAAUGUCUUUGGAAAAAUAGCUUUAUGAGGGCCAGAGCAAGACAUGUCCGAAAGCUCCUCAGGUCGAAACACAAGCAGUCAGAUUUGCCUGUCUAGUUCAUCGUCCUGCUCUGAUCCGAGUGAGUCACACACCUGGUCAGCUCUGACAAGGAACAGAACAUUUCAUCCACGUUCGGAUUCUGGAAUAUCAUCCCUGCUUCCAUCAGACUCUUUUAAGCACCUCACUUGGCACAAGGUAGAACAACAUGACAUUCAAGGAAGUCAACUGCGUUGCCCAAGAGUAAGAGAAGGACCCUCCACAGAAGAGUUGCUCUUCAGACAGGAGGAGUGUACUUUGCCUGCUCGGAAAAGAGUCCUUGAAAAAAACAAAUGGGAAACAUGGCUACAAGAAAACUGGGAAGACUGCACGAAUUUGAACCUUUCAUUUCAGGAUUUGGGGGACCCUUAUCAAGUUGCAAAUUUUAACAGGAUUCUUAGAAGACUAAUUCGAGUUGAAACCCUCUGGUUAGUGGAUAAUUCACUGGUGGACUUAAGUACCGUAAGAUUACCAAGAUGCAGAGUUUUAAAUAUGAACAAAAACCAUCUCACAUCUUUCAAACAAUUGCCAAAGAUACCUCAGAUACAGCAUUUAUCUGUGGCUGAAAACCACAUUGAAUCUCUGACCGGGCUCUCCAGUUUAUGGUGCACUCCACUAGAAUCCCUUACUCUCAAGAGGAACCCUUGUGAGUUUCACACAAAUUACCGGAGACGAGUGUUCUCCUGUUUGCCAAACUUAAAAAUGCUGGAUGGAAUCCUGAAGCUACCAGAAGAUUCUUCACCACCAGAAACCAAUAUUUUUUCAAAAAUGUGUAUUAUAUCAUAAUGCAAUUUGUAUAGAAAGAAAGCAAUCACCAGUCUCUAAAAGCUAAUAAAUACAGGAGAUGCAUGACUAAA